CAAAUCUGUAGCUUGACUGAUCUCAUUGUACACGUGCUGAUCAAUGGUGCUGUUAUAACGUGAAAGCAGCAAACGUAUUUCUGCUUUUUGAAUGUUGAUGAUUAGGAUUGCGCUCACCUGGUUGAUCUGCAGAUCCAUGGGCUGUUCAGGCAAUUUUCACUGGGACUGGAUUGAUUGUUUCUACAAUUUUUAAAGUACGGUUAGUCAAGACAGUUCGGCUCUCAGUCAUCUCAACACUAUGCUUCUUUGGAGCAGAAAACUGCACACACUGGAGUCUUUCUCUCUGGCAGCUUCUUACCAUGUCACAGCUUGUCUCCUGAGGACAGAGGACAGGAACCCAGCUGUAAGGAGACACUUCAGAGGGCCUAAAACAUCCAGUGAUCAACAACGGCCUGCUGCAUCUGGGGGGUUGCAGGACCGUGGGAAGUCAUCCCAGAAUAAAUUUGUAAAGACUGAGAACCCCCUGUUUCAGAAACGGAAUCAAGUGAGGACAGAUGUCUCCAGAGUGUCAUCUGAACUCAGGAAACUGUGUCUAGAAGAUUUCCCUGCAGACAGUGGGAGGCUGGUGAUACAGAAGCCAGCACUUGACUCCAAAGCCCAGGAGGUGAUUUUUGGUGUAGCCCCCUGUUUCUUGGCUCUCACUCAGCGUAGAAGACAUGCCUACAGACUGUUUGUAAAAGAUGGUGAGACUUCUCAGAGAGCUUCUGUCUUAAAGGUAUGUGAGGAGGCAAACCAACGAGGAGUACAGAUCAAUAGGGUUAGCAAGAAAGAUCUGGACAGGAUGUCCUCUGGAGGAGUUCACCAAGGAGUCUGUCUGUGCGUAAGUCCUCUCAGCUACAUAGCCUUGGACUCAGAAGCUAAGCAGCGAGACACCAGCGCCCCUCUUUGGCUGGUCCUUGAGAGAAUCCAGGACCCAAUGAACCUUGGUGCCAUCUUACGCUCUGCCUAUUUCCUUGGUGUGGACAAGGUCAUCAGCAGUCUUCGCCACAGUUGUCCCCUGUCUCCGGUGGUCAGCAAGGCCAGCUCAGGGGUGAUGGAAGUGAUGGGGGUGUACGCGCAUGAAAACCUGGAGGAAAUGCUGAGGCUGAAGGUGGUGCAGGGCUGGCAGGUGGUCGGUACAGUGGGAGCAGGCACAGAAGUGUCUCACAUUCCUGUCGUCCCGUGUUCAGACUUUCAAAUGAGUGCUCCGACAGUGUUGCUGAUGGGAGGCGAGAGCGAGGGUCUGUCGCCCAAACUGCUGUCUCUGUGCCAAACCCUUCUCACCAUCCCAGCUGGAAGGGACUUGUCCCCCGGCAUCGAGUCACUGAACGUUUCUGUGGCUACAGGCAUUCUGCUGCACUCCCUUCUGUUCACAGGGAGCUCAAAAACGCAGCAUUAAUCAUCAAGACUCCUAAAACUACAUCUGAGCAUAAAGAUCAGUUUAAACUGAUAUAAUGAACUUUAUUGUAUCGUUAUGAGCAAAACAUCUUGGUAGUUGAUUUCUAUGAAGGAUUUUAAUUUAAAAUAAACUACUGAGAGUGUAAAAUAAUUGUCUCGGAUAUGUUUUCAAAGGCUUUGUUUUAUUCCAGUUUAGUUUUCACUCAGAUGUUGAAUAGUAGGUGUAGAAAAACAUGCAUUUAUGUUUGUUUUAUCUUUCUGGAAAUCAAUUGUAAUUAUAAAUAUAUAAAUCUAAAUAUUUGAGUUUAACGCUUUUAGCUUUACUAAAUGUUUGUUCUUGUUUUAUAAUCAAUUUGACAUUUGUUAUUUUUCUUAUAUUCAGAAUAAUGUUGAGUCUGGACUGUUGAAAUGAUCAGAAACACCAAACUGUCACUGAAGUGUAUUAAACUUUAGAACAUUUUAUCAGUACUGUAGUAGUGGUUAAUAGAAAAUUCAGCACAUUACAUCACUUUAGUAGCACUGUUUAUAGGAUAAAUUAUUAAAUGUACAGGUUUAAAAACAACAAAUGUAAUUUCUCUCAAGAUUUGUUAACUUUAAUAAUGUAAAUAUUCAUUUUAGAGUGAUCAUAAAAGUAAUUGUUGGUGGUUAUAUUAUUGCCUCAUAUGUUUUUUUUAGAUUAAAUAUUCAAAUGUAUAUUGGAGAAAAACAACUCAGGACACUGAUCCAUCUAGUGUGUCAAAAAUUCAAAAUCUCAAUAAGCAGUUCAACAAUUAAAAACCUAAGUUGGAUUUUUAAUCAUUUCCACUACAUUUUUUCUUAUUCAAAACUUACUGAGGUUUUGGGAGACAACGUCUUGAAGAGAUUCAAUCCUCAGGUUCAGGUUGAAAUGGUAAAGUGCGGUAAUCCAGUUUCCGCACCGUACAUUUAAAAUAAAUACAUUAUUACUGAUCUCUGGUUACAGUGUUUUUCCAAAGUGGUCAGAUUUCAUCUACACGUGACGUGAAGAAAUUCUGCUAAAUAUUGGUUUGCCAUUAUUCUAUUCAGCUGCAUUUUUCAUUAUAUUUGUACCCAACAAGCCUGGCAAGCCAGACUAAAUACAUAUAUUUGCUAAAUAAACUUUGCAAAGCAAGAAUUUAGUCUAUUUCACCUAACAGCUCUGGUGAUGUGUGGAUCCUACAAACAGUGCUGAAGUUUUGAUGUGAGUCCUGUGAGAAAAAACCCCCCAGAAAAAUGUACAUAUUUCCCCAGCCAGCACAAUACAAAAAAUCCUCUGUAAUGCAGUUUUUAUUAUAGCCUAAUAAAAUGCUAAAUAUCUGAACAUUUGCCAGGGACAUGAGACCAGCAGCUGCUAAAGUGUCAAGAACUAAAUUACUGGUUGUGGAAAAUAGUGAGGAAAUAGAGGAGCAUCUCAAUAUUUGAGGAUGAUGUACAGGUGAACCUCAGUAACAAAGGCUUUGUAUGUGAUGAGUUUAUCUCAUUCAUUGGUUUCACAUUUUAUUACUGAAAUAAAUGAACUUUUGCACCAUA